GAGGAUCAGCGCAAGCGCGAGGCCACUACGCGCGCCGCCACCGCCGCGGCCGCUCCUUGGAAUCGCGAGACGACGCUGCCCGUCGGAACAAACUUAUGCACGACGCGUUUACAUUUACGAUAGCGUCUUCUUAGGAACAAAAAAAUGUCGAUUGUCAGAUUGUGUUUUAGAACGGCACAUUAAACAUACUAUAAGAUUAGGCGCGUUUAUAACAAGAUGUAUACGUAAAGUCCAGAAUAUUUUGAAAACUAAAUUAGUUUGAGUCAUUGGAUUGAAUUGUCUGGUUUCGCGCGGUAGUUGUAAAGGGAAGUGCAGCAUGUGAGGUGUCGCGAUGUACGCCGCGCCAGCCGCGCGAUGAGGCCGCGCCACCAGCGUCUCGCGCCAGCACUUGCCCUGGCGCGGUUGCUACCGCUAGUCUUCUCGCUCGUGAGAGCACAGAACGAGCGUGCUGCGGCCGCGGCAGAUCGUUUGGAGAACGUGACACACACCGUGUCACGGAUCCUUGACGGCUACGACAUUCGACUGAGGCCAAACUUUGGAGGCGAUCCGUUGUACGUCGGAAUGGAUUUAACUAUCGCGAGCUUCGACGCGAUAUCGGAAGUGAAUAUGGACUACACAAUAACGCUGUACUUGAACCAGUACUGGAAAGAUGAGAGAUUAGGCUUUGGCCUGCAAGACGAGGUGCUCACGUUAUCGGGGGACUUCGCCGACAAGAUUUGGGUGCCUGAUACGUUUUUUGCUAAUGACAAGAAUAGUUUUCUCCACGACGUGACAGAGCGCAACAAGCUGGUGCGGCUGGGCGGGGACGGCAGCAUCACCUACGGCAUGCGCUUCACCGCCACGCUGGCCUGCAUGAUGGACCUGCACUACUACCCGCUCGACUCGCAGAACUGCACCGUCGAGAUUGAAAGCUAUGGGUACACGGUGUCGGACGUGGUGAUGUAUUGGAAGGAGACGCCGGUACGCGGCGUGGAGGACGCCGAGCUGCCUCAGUUCACGAUACUGGGACAUGAAACUAAUGAUAGAAUCGAGAAGUUAGCAACGGGCGUUUACCAGCGGCUAUCGCUGAGUUUCAAACUGCGCAGAAACAUCGGGUACUUCGUGUUCCAAACUUACUUGCCGUGCAUUCUCAUUGUGAUGCUCUCGUGGGUGUCGUUCUGGAUUAAUCACGAGGCCACGUCGGCGAGAGUUGCGUUAGGUAUAACAACGGUACUGACGAUGACCACGAUAAGCACGGGAGUACGCUCCAGCCUCCCGCGCAUCUCCUACGUGAAGGCCAUCGACAUAUACCUGGUCAUGUGCUUCGUGUUCGUGUUCGCCGCGCUGCUCGAGUAUGCGGCCGUGAACUACACCUACUGGGGCGCCAGAGCGAGGAAAAGGGCCAAGUUAAAGAAAGGGGAGAUGUCAACAAGCACUAGUGUCGAGAAAGACUUGAAAUGUUCCGGUGGCUCCCGCACUCCGGAAGAGAUCAUAGCGCUCCGGGAGUGCACGAGCUCCGCGGGGCGCGUGUCCCCGCUGUUCGGGCUGCGGUCCAAGCCGCUGCCGGCCGCGGCGGGCGCGCCGCCCUCGCUGCGCCUCCAGCGGGACCACACGCAUCUGCGAUACCGCACCAGACCGCACUCUAGGAAUUCAAAAAAUGGUUCGACCGGUAAGCCGAAGAUGAUCCACGCCUUGCGGCGCGGUGCGUCCGUCAUUAAAGCGUCCAUGCCCAAGAUCCGAGACGUCAACGUCAUUGACACGUACUCGCGCGUCAUAUUUCCCGUCUCUUUCCUAAUAUUUAAUGCCGUUUACUGGACCUUCUACAUCUUUGAUUGAACUCAUAUUUAUUAUGGGAAAAAAAACUAAAACCGAUAGAAUUGCAAGUCCAGGAAUUCGGAUCUAAUGGGAAUAAGGAUAGAAAACAACUCGUCUGAGAUCAAAUGCACAAUUGGAAUUAAAGUAACCUUUAUUUAAAGUAUGUUUUCCAGAUUCUUUUAUUAGUAGAUUGUAAAACUAGCAUUUUUGUAUAAAUGUGCCAAAUUAGAAAUAGUGACAAGGUUGUAGAAAUACCAAUAGAUAUGUCAGUGUCAAAUGUGACGUUAAUUCAAACAAAAACGUCACUUUUGACACUUAAAUCUCUAAUCCAUAUCGUUUCUAAAUCUAUUAAUUGACGUAUCUUAAAGUUCGGAUCGGGAAGUAUGCGUGUAAUGGACAUUCGGCUUGUAUAAAUAAAAUAAAGGUACAGUAUAAUUUAAACAUAUUACUUGAAACUUUAUUCUACUAUGUAUACUACUUAUACGUAUAUAACUAUCUGGAUCUAUGUCAAAAAUUCGUAGGUAUUUGUGCGGAAUUUGUUGGGUAUUUGACCUUUAGCUGUAUUGUAGGUACUUCCAAUAAAAUAUAUCAGAAUAUAUUUGUUCAUUGAGUAAGUAGUUAACCAUUAAACGAGAGGGAAAUAAUUAAAGGAAAUAAUAGCAUCAUCAAGGUAAUUUUGAAUACCUCAAUUCAUUUAGAAAAAGAUUACUGAUAUUGAAUAUGUUUUGAGUUACCUUCCUGUUUAUAUAGUUUAUGUAAUGUAUUAUUGCCAAAAUAAAACUAAAGUACCUAUCGACUAAGAAUUCUACCUACUUACUGUUAAGUCAUAAUUUAUUAG